CAUGGGUCCUGAUCUUGUGUUGCUUCGGCUCCUCUUCUUCAUCCAGUUUUUAUGGCCAGCAUUGGCAACAUCAACGUUACCAUGGCAAAGCCUAAUUGCUUGGAUAAAUGUGAUAAUAUCACAGUUCCCUACCCCUUUGGCUUCGGAGCUAAAAAGUGUUACAGAGAUGAAAGUUUUCGGCAAACCUGCAAUGAAAACCCUCCAAAACUAUUCCAUGGAAAGUUGGAAGUGUCGCACAUUUCAUUACAAGGCCAAAUGCGAGUCAUGACCAACGUAAGCAAUGAUUGUUUCAACAUUUCAUCGGGCGUAGAUAAUUACACGGACUAUACUCUCAAUUGCAAAGGUAAGCCCCUCACCUUCUCAGACACAGAGAACAGAUUGACUGUUCUAGGUUGUGACACUGCAGCAUUUAUCACUGGCUCAAACGGUCAGAACUUCACGAGUGGAUGCCGAAUGAUCUGCAGUGAAAAGCACAGUCCUAUCGAAGGUUCCUGCUCCGGCAUCGGUUGUUGCCAGACCUCUAUCCCAAAGGGCAUCAAGAGUUUCACAAUAGAAACUUACAGUUAUGGCAACAGCUGCAGCUAUGGUUUCCUGGUUGAACUCAAACAAUUCAAAUUCUCUGUAUCCUAUCUCUCGGAUUUCAACAUUUCACGAGUCCCGAUUGUGUUAGACUGGGCAAUAGAGCAGAAAAAUGGUCCAUCUUGUGAAGAAGCUAAGAAAUUCAACUUCACUUAUGCCUGUGGCAAAAACACCAAAUGCUUUAACUCCAAGAACGGUCUUGGGUAUAGCUGCAAGUGUUCCCAUGGUUAUUAUGGGAACCCUUACCUUCAAGACGGAUGCCGAGACAUAAACGAAUGUGCAGAUCCAAUUAAUAUUCCUUGCAUUUCGACUGCGGCCUGUGCAAAUCUGCUUGGGAGUUACAAAUGCUCUUGCCCACCGGGUUAUGCUGGAGAUGGGAAAAAGAAUGGCCGUGGAUGUUCAUUUCUAGUGAUUCAGGUCACAGUAGGUAUUGGCUUGGGUUUCUUAUUUCUACUUAUUGGUAGUUUAUUGGUACUUUGGGUACUUCAAAAGAGAAAAGAAAGCAAACUAAAGCAAAAAUUCUUCAAGCAAAAUGGAGGUUUCUUUUUGAAGCAGCAGCUAUCUUCCCAUGAAGGAUCCAUUGAAGCACUCAAAAUCUUUGGAGCUGAAGAACUAAAGCAGGCAACUAACAACUAUGCUCAGAGCCAAAUCCUUGGUCGAGGAGGCUACGGUACAGUAUACAAGGGAAUUCUACCUAAUCACAGAACUGUUGCCGUCAAGAAAUCAAAACUAGUAGAUGAAAGUCAGAUCGAGCAAUUCAUAAAUGAGGUGGUUAUUCUCUCCCAAAUCAACCAUAGAAAUGUGGUAAAGCUAUUGGGUUGUUGCCUAGAGAUAGAGGUUCCUAUAUUAGUGUAUGAAUUUGUUAGGAACAAAACCUUAUUCCAUCAUAUCCAUGGCGAGGGGCGCAGUUCUCCGAUUUCAUGGGAUAAUCGUUUAAGGAUAGCUGCGGAAACAUCAGAGGCUAUUGCUUAUUUGCAUUCUGCAGCUUCACCACCUAUCAUUCAUAGAGAUAUCAAGUCCACUAAUAUUCUAUUGGAUGAUAAUUAUAAGGCAAAGGUCUCAGACUUUGGCGCAUCAAGGUUGGUUCCCUUAGACCAAACUCAAAUUAGUACACUAGUGCAAGGAACAUUGGGUUACCUAGACCCAGAGUACCUUCAAUCAAGUCAACUAACGGAAAAGAGUGAUGUUUAUAGCUUUGGUGUAGUACUUGUGGAACUAUUAACAGGAAAGAAGGCACUCUAUUCUGAUGGGCCUGGUAAAGAGAUAAAUCUAGCCAUGCAUUUCGUCACUUCAACCAAAGAAGGAAGGGUUUGGGAUAUUCUAGAUGAUCAGAUUUUAAUUGAAGACUAUAAAGAGCAACUCCAUGAAGUUUUAAGACUGGCUGAAAGAUGUUUAAGAGUAACAGGGGAAGAAAGACCCACAAUGAAGGAAGUGGCAAUGGAACUGCAAGGGUUGAGCAAGUAUCAGAGGCACCCUUGGGUUGCACAAAAUCCCGAAGAGGUGGAAUGUCUUCUUGGUGAACCAUCAAACAUACCUAGUCAAAAAACUAUUGGGUAUAAUAGUUUGACUAAUAAAGUGUUAAUAUCAUUAGAUGGUGGUAGGUGAUUAUAUUUCUUAAGAUAUAUAUUAUUGGAAUCU